GAGGCUCCAUUGGAGCCCAUCCCGCCUCCAAUGCCUUCCGCGCCGACCCUGCGCUUCUAUUCAUCGGCACGGACACGGAUGUCGAGCCGUGGACCUGUGUGGCCUGCAACUUCGAAUGUGGCCCAGCGCUCGACAGUGCGCUGCAGCACAUGGAGUCCGCAAAGCACUGCGCGCAGCUGCUCGCCAACACCAGCAAGAAGGCGCCCAAGGAGCCGUUCCUCUCCUGGAGCUAA